AUGGCUUCCUUUGCGAGUUCCUUCUGGUCUCCUGACUAUGCAGCAGGUCAGGAAACAAGGCGUGAUGUCUGUAGGGAUCACCACUAAUGCCACGUAGGGUUAGGAGUACUAUUCGCGAAGCUACAGCAAGGCGUGCAGGAGAAUGAGCAGAUUCUUACGAUUGCGCGAAUGCGCGCCGAGGCGGAAGACACAUAUGGACAAAAGCUUGGAGAUAUAGAAGCUGCCACGGGCAGGAUAGACGGCGGCUUUCAGAGAGAUGACGGCGCCAGUCUGAAGAAGGUGAGGCAGUCGGACACAAAUUUGCAGAGAGGAUGCUGACCUGUGCAGGCGUACGAAGGAGUCCGCGCAGAGAUGACCGAGGCCUCGCGGAAUCAUCGCAAGAUCGCAUCCAACAUACGCGAACUCGUCGUGAAUCCGUUCAGUCGCUGGUGCGACCAACAUGCAGCACGUGUUCAGAACAGUCAGGACGAUCUACAAGGUCGGAUCAAGACCCACGACAGGCAGGCGGAAACGGUACGCCAAUAUCGUAGCGCUUAUUACAACAAGUGCCGAAGGGUGGAGGACAUGGAUGAGGAAGAGAAGCUGGCUUUCAAGGACCCCGAAUCCGCGACGACCGCAUCUCCAAAGACAGCUCCGCAGAGCGUACCCAGCAUUAAAGUCGAAGAGGAGCAGGAAGAGCCGGAACCUAUCGAGAUUGGAGAUGAGACCUACCAACCAGAGCAGGUCAAGAAGAUUCUGACACACUUGUUGAACAACAUUCGAUUAGCGGAAACAAAAGUGCCCAUCUUGGGAACUUACCAGAAUACGACCUCUGGCGCAGAGAUUGUCGAAUUUAUCCAAAAGCACAUGGGCGCUACGAAUGUCGGCUACGCUGAGCGCAUCGGACAAGAUUUGAUCACGCACGGCUUUCUGCGUCUGGUUGGUCAAGUUGGCAGCACCUUCGCGAACAGCAGCAGAUUGAACUACCAAUGGCGGCCAAAAUGCUUUCAGAUCACAGGUGUCCCAGAGAAGCGUGCUAGCCUUCUGAACCGAACAUCUACAAUCAUGUCCCAAGGAUCCGAGGGCUCCAUGCCAGGUAGUCCGGUGAUUGGAGACCGCGUGAGCGAAUACCUCGGUGGGUGGAACCCGCUCAACAAUGCACAUCCGAACGAGACACCCGCCGAAAAGUUGCGUAGAGAAGCGCGAGAUGCAGACGAGCGCUACAAAGCAGCGGUGAAGAAGCUGGAUGGCCUGAGGUGCAGUCUGGAGGAAGCAAUGAUCGAUCACAUGAAGUUCAUGGAGCGUUGCGAGCUUGACCGCCUCAAGGCCAUCAAGAGUGUUAUUCUUGAUUUCAGCGGUGCUGUUAGCAACGUCAUCCCGUCAUUGCAAUCCACCGUGGACAACAUGAUGCUUUUCCAGGAGACCGUCCAGCCCGUCGGAGACCUACGGUUCAUGCUGUCCAAUUACAGGACUGGAAGCUUUUUGCCCAAGGUGACGGUUUAUGAGAACUACUACAACAAUAAUGACGAGCAGACAUUCGGAGUUGAUAUCGAGGCUCGAGCACGAAGUGAUCGUAAGCGGGUACCUCUGAUUAUUACGACUAUUCUCACGUUCCUGGAUUCACACUACCCUGACCUAGAGGGCGACGAGGCACGCCGCAGCAUCUGGCUUGUUGAGGUUCCCCUAGCAGCCACGCACCACCUCCGCAAUCAGAUCAAUACUGGCAAACUCGUGCCGCCUCAGCUUCUGGAGAAGUACGAGGUCCCGAUAGUUGCUGCAGUGCUCAAGCUAUACCUUCUUGAGCUUCCUGACAGCCUGGUAAGCUCGCACGUGUACGAGAUCAUCAAGACCAUCUACACGUCAACGGCACAAAACGCCUCGGAAAGCGCCAGGAUACAAGUCAUUCAGUCUACACUUGGACAGCUUCGUCUUGCCAACAUUGCCACGCUUGAUGCCUUGAUCACGCACUUUACCCGACUCAUCGAGCUGACGAGUGCCGAGGACGAGUAUGUGCAGAAUCUCUCCACCGUGUUGGCGCCCUGCAUCAUGCGGCCGAAACAAGAGACCGGCCUGAGCAUGAACGAGAAGUACAACGUCCGCUUGCUACGCGAUUUGUUUGCGCACAAAGACGCCAUCUUUGGAGAGCUCAAGCGGCAGUCCAGUCUCACGCACACCAACUCUGGCUCCACACGCCAGGUCCGCGCUAUCAGCACCGACGAGUCGAGGAGGCGAGAACAUAUGGAAGAGCGGCAGCGUGCCAUUGCAGCUGCGCAACAAGCGCAGGCUGGGAGCAGCAGCAGGAGCCGGAAUCCCAGCCCCGGUGGACGUGGACCUUUGGCUGAAGGCGGCCAUCGUCGGGAUCGCAGCCGAGGGCCCGAGACACGAUUCCCAGUUAACACCACCGCCGCACAGAACGUCGCCGAGCGGAAACAUAUGUCGCCGACUACAUCGGUGUCUUCGAGCCACCGCGACAGCCUGGGCGUACCCCAGAGCCCCUCUGCCACGAGGGGCGGCCCGCCUUCACCUCCGAAGGACAGCGAGAAGCCUAACGGCACCUCCUUCCACCAGCCACCUCCACGAGAAUCUCAAGAGCAUGACAACACUCCACGAAGCUCCGUUGAAGCCGUCAAGCGCCAAUCUGGUCCAGCGGUGGCGGCUUCCAUAUCCUCGCCUUCCGACUUGAAUCAGCCAGGCCACCUCUAUAGCAGUAGUAUCGACUCUUCCACUCCUGGUGGCGCAGCUACCUCGAAUACUUCCGAUCCUAGCUCCGCGAGCAGCGUCAGUAAAGGCGAGAGCACCCCGACGAAGAAGGAUAGUCUCACUCGUCGCUCAUACCCCAGACGCGGCACGGUGACCUUGCAGAGGCAGAGUCUGGUCAGUAAAGGUGAGGGCGAAGAGACGAAGGAGGCAAAGGGAGUGCAGUUGGAGGACAAGCCGAUGGAUUUCGACUAG